GUGAAGCGCGCGUCCUCUGGCGCCGCCCGCCGGUGAGCCGUGGAACUGCGUCAGUCUUUGUGCCGCCGCCAUCUUGACCAGGAUCCGGAUAAUCACCACCUGAACACACUGAUUUACAGCAAACACACACGACUACAGAGCGGCAAUGGCCACUGCACCCUACAACUACUCCUACAUCUUCAAGUACAUCAUCAUCGGAGACAUGGGCGUAGGGAAGUCCUGCUUACUGCACCAGUUCACGGAGAAGAAAUUCAUGGCCGACUGUCCGCACACCAUCGGCGUGGAGUUCGGCACCAGGAUCAUCGAGGUGAGCGGUCAGAAGAUCAAGCUGCAGAUCUGGGACACGGCAGGUCAGGAGCGCUUCAGGGCCGUGACGCGCAGCUACUACAGAGGAGCGGCGGGAGCGCUGAUGGUCUACGACAUCACCAGGAGAAGCACAUACAACCACCUGAGCAGCUGGUUGACCGACGCCAGAAACCUUACCAACCCCAAUACUGUGAUCAUACUCAUAGGAAACAAAGCGGAUCUGGAAGCGCAGCGGGACGUGACGUAUGAGGAAGCUAAGCAGUUCGCUGAAGAGAACGGUCUGCUGUUCCUGGAGGCCAGCGCUAAAACAGGUGAGAAUGUGGAGGAUGCGUUUCUGGAAGCAGCCAAGAAGAUCUACCAGAACAUUCAGGACGGCAGUCUGGAUCUAAACGCGGCCGAGUCUGGCGUGCAGCACAAACCGUCAGCGCCGCAGGGCGGCCGGCUCACCAGCGAACCACAGCCGCAGAGGGAAGGGUGUGGCUGUUAAUGACCUUCAUCCUCCACCCCCCCACCACAACCAUCCUCCUCUUCCUCUAUCUCACACACACGCUCGCGGCCUCGGCCUGUACCAAAGAGCCGCGGGAACCACAGAGGGGAGGAACACGGCUACAUGCGCUCAUUUCCUCCUCCUGUCUCUCUUCAUCUGUCCGUCUUCUCUCUCUGGUCAGUGUGUUCUUACGUUCCCAUCCUCACCUUCCUCUGACUGCACCACUGCUCAUCUCGUCACACACACCAGUUCAGCUUCUUUUUAUUGAUUGAUUUUAUAGCUCAACAAUGUGACAUAACAGAAAUAAGACCCACACUGAAGGAAGUGGCCAAACGUGUGACAUGGAUUCAUAAUCCAACGUGCUGCUGCGGCAUGGGUUGUGUUAGGAUCAUUUUAAGAACAUCAAAUGCGUAUCUGCUGCCAUUUUUCCAACCGUAUGAGAGUCAAUGUGGUUGUGAAAAUCUGUUUGGGUCGGUCACCAACAGGACACCUGUCUGACGCUCCUGCAGAUAAAAAGCACUAGGUUGAGUGUGCAAAAUAAUGCAUCUCAGUUUUAUAUGCAGCUGUGCUCAGAAUAAUGCAUUUCAUUUUUUUUAUUCAUCUGUAAAUGCGCAGUGGUCGCAUUGGUUCCACUGAUCCCAGAUUUAAAACCUAAUGAAGCGUCUCCUGUUGCAAUCACGUGCAUGUUCAUAUGCGAGCGCAUGUAGAGUCAGUUUGGGUCGGACAGCUUUAUGAAUCAAAGAGAAUUUACGGAAAGAUUCAAUCUUUCAUCGCUCCCAUCUCCUCUUCUGCUCCAUCAUAUCAACAUUGAUUCCUCUGUCCUCAACACCAUUAUUUUAUGUUGCCUUAUUGUUAUUAUUCAUGUUAAAAUUAUUACUACCACCGUUUAAUCAACUAGCUCAACAUGCAGUUCAGACCGGAGUUAAUAAACAAACGGCUU